UCCAAACAUAGCACUGAAUGUAGAGAUGGAAAUCUUCAGUUGUUUGUGGUUGCAGUUGUUUCACAGCUGAUACAGAUACUCUGGCAAUGCUACUGUGUUGCUUAGUGACCCUGAAUACAUUAUUUUUUCACUGCAUUAAUGCUAUAUCACAUUUUUUACUGGCAAGUAUUUAUGUAUAAAUAAUUGCAAUAAAAUAAUUGCUUCUUAGCAGCAUAUAAACUCAGUCAGGAAUGAUGACGAUGCCACAAAACCACAGAUUAUCCACACAGGUAACUGAGAUAGAAACACCUUUGAUGUCUGAUGGUUCAAUGCAGACACACUUUGUUUCAUGUACAAAUUUUAAAAAGCGUAUACAAUUACCUUCAGGUUAUGUAUAUAAGGUGUAUAUGAAACAUAGGUGAAUUUUGACUUUGGUCCCAUCCCCAAGAUGUCUCACUAUGUAUAGGCAAAUAUUCCAAAAUCUGAAAAAAUUCAACAUGCAAAACACUUCUGGUCCGAAGCAUUUCUAAUGAGGAAUAUUAAACCUGUAGUAGAAUAACCCUAUAAAAGAAUGAACCUGUCAGAAUUCUAAAACUCAUGAGAUGUUUUCUAUAUUAACGACGCCUCUCUCUCAGAGUCUCCACCCCUUUCUCAGUUCUUGUCUUUCUGAUUUCUGUCCUUGCCACUGCAUUCUGGAUGCUGGUGAAACCACAAAGCACAUAAGCACCUGAAUUUAUUGCUAGUCCCUAGCUCAGAGUGGCCCACAGAAUAUCCCUUCCAUGAUUGUUUGAGACAUGGAAAGAGAGAUGUUGUAGGAAUUGGAAAAAAUAAUUUUGGGCCUCUGCACUGUGAUUAUUUAGCUGUUUGAUUUGCUCCUUGGUUCCCUUUUCUGUGUAGUGACUAUGAUGAUGCUUAAUAAACUCAGAAGAUUGUUGUGAGAUAUGGUGUUAUUCUUCUAUCAGUCUUUUCAGUAAUUAUCACCUGGCAUCCUAUACAUGCCAGGCAUCUCAAAAUUUGAGAAAACAAAGGCGACAAAGAUGUGAGCUCUCCUAUGAAAGAGUAAGAAACAAAUAGAUAAAAUGACACCACAAAUAAGUGAAUAAACAGGCAUGCGGAAACAACUUAAUUGUAAAGAGUCAUGCAGAACUUAAAAGAAGAUCAGACAUGUAUGUUAUAGAAUUCUAAUGAACGAAGAAAUUGUGGAAUAACAUUCUAGGAAGAAACAACUUCAUGAAAGUAAUUUGAAAGAAAUUCUUCUUAGCUUACUAUUUUCAUUAGUUGCUUUUUGUAAAAUUGGGCAUUUCUCUUAAAUUCACUGGGGUUCUGGUAGUUCUCUGAUUUUCUGUAACCCCAACCUUCAAUGCCCUUGUCAUUGUUGAACUUUUAUUGCUUAUGGUUGGUGUAGGGGCCUCAAUGAGGAAUAAUUAUGUCUUGUUCUUCAAGUGAAAUGGCCCUCAUGAUAUAGAAUUCUGAUGAAGUUAGUCUUGGCAGGGUAAGAUGCAGGCUUUAUAAAUUUGUUAAGUCUAUAUAAUUUUGGGAAGCCUGGAAAGAAUACAGAAAAUAAAAUGUACAGUGUCUAGAAAGGGGUUUAGGCGAGUUAGGAGUUCUGUAGCUUAAGCUCUAUUGGUUGGAUAGUAAGCCUACCUGAAAGUCCUGGUGUAGUUUUGUGUGUCCAGUGUCCGUUGCCCCAUCUUCUGAUAAUAGCACCUUGAUUUUCUUUGGGGAUCAUUCUCUGCUCAUGUGAUCCAACUGAAAUUGACCUAAGUGGAGCCAAUCAGAACAAUCUAUUUAUUUAUUGCAGCGACUGUUUGAGGACUGAAUGUGUAACCUGAUUCAGUUUGAUCAGAACAAAUAAGACUCAAUCUCAGGACUUUUCCUGAGGUUGUUAUACAAGAAGUGGUCUCUUUUUCCACUAGACCUACAACUAAUAAAAGGAAAGCUUGGAGCUUCUUACAGUGACCUCCACUCUCAAAUGAAACAAAAACAGAGGAAACAGGACCCAAAUCAGGAGAGACCAAAUUCAUGGUAAUUGUUGGAAAUGUCUGAGCCCCUGAAAAAUCCAUGUCUGAAACUAUUUCUCCUCUACUUUUGAGUUAUGUAAUCCAGAAAAAAAAUCUUGUUGUGCUUAUACAAAUGGGAAAAUCUUCCCUAUUGCAAGAACUACAAGAUGCAUGAUAUAUAAAGAUUUAUCAUAUUUGCCAUACUAUUAAGGAGCAAACUUGAAUGGUUCACAAUGCAGAUGUGUUAGAGGGAUUUGCUAAGUUAGUGGGAGAGCUUAGCUGCUUAAAUUUUCAUCAAUGCAGUAACUCACUUGAUAUUAUGAAAAUAUUGUCUUUGCCAUUAAAUGGUAAUGAAAGUUUAAAAAGAUAAUAAAUUGUGGUUUGAAGAUAAGCAUCAUAAAUGGAUGACACUCAAUAAAGUAGUAAGCAUCAGAAAUGCAUGACACUCAAUAAAGUAGUAUUUUUCAAUUUGGAUAUCUUCGUAAGUCUUCAUGUAUAUCUCCAAUACUUUUAAGUAAAUGACUUCAAUUUGCUUUUGUUCAUUAUGUUCUUUGUGAGGAAGCCUAGUCAUAUUUACCCAAUCUGAUGAUGAUAGCACCAAUAAUUAUUAUAGUCAGGUAAAAUAUAUUACAUAAUUUGUGGCAUUGAGCAAGUAGCUUAUUGCUUCCUGUCUUUCUUCUAAGAUUCAUAUGAUGACUUCAAUAUUACAGUGCUGGCUGAAUUAAUGGUACAGAUUUUACUGCUUUGGCUUGAGUUUUGGUCUCACAUUCAUUGACAGAAAGAAUUUGUCCUCAGAGGCCAUCCCUUUCAUUAUGUGCUAAGAGAUUCUGCCAAAUGUAAAGCAAGCCCAAAUUUUCAUCCCACUGGCACUCAAGAAAGUUUUUUUAUUUUUUUCUAUAGGUUCACAUUUGCCCUUUUUUUGCAUAAGACUAUCCACUAACAUGUAUAACAUUUGUUUAAUUCACUUCUUAACCUUUAUCUGGAAUUUAUAUUCAACUGACAAAUGUUCAUAGAUGCCAGACUGGCUCAAUAUCAAUAAAGCUGGUAUGUCAUUUGUAAAACAGUAAUACUACAAUUAUUGGAUGAGUUCAGGAAACCAUUUUAGAAAUAAAAUAAUUUAGGUUAAACAGAAGUUAUAUAAGCAUAUGGUUACAUGUGCUUUUACUGACUACCAGACGUUAUUAAAUAAUGGAAAAUAUCUGACGUUUACAAUCUCUGUAAAUGAUCACUGAAAUUGCCUUUUCUUGAAUGUUUAUAAAAAUUAAGAAGAUCAAGCUGGGAUAAUUCAAAUCAGCUUAAAUCCUUUAUUUAAAUGGCUACAUUAUAAUUAUGUUUACUAAAGAGCUAAAAAGCAUUCCAUUCUAGCACAUUGUAAAGGCUAUAACUUAUUUUAGGUCUUGGCAAAAUUAGAAUGAUUCACGUUUUUCCUACCGACUGGGCGUAUUUGUCUCCUUUGCACUGCAGCUUCCUCCUCCUCCUUGUAUAACAUACAUUUACAUGUGUGAAUACAAACAAAUAUAAAAAUGUCCAUAUAUGAAUGAACACCCAAAGCAAGCAGGAUGGCUGUCUCUAGAGAAGCAAUAAGUGGGUUCCCCACAGUUGCUCAGGGUACAUGUGGACUGAUGUAGUUCCAGGACAAACCUAUUAUAAGCGCAAGUUAAUAACAGUAUCUUUAAGCAAAGAAACAGAUGGAAUCCACCUUUUGAUAAGCACUUUCUACAAUCCUCUCCUUGUUGGCUCCAUUGGACUGAGUCCACCCUUUCCAGGGUUCACCCAUCCAGAAGGAUUAAAUUUCCUGUUUUAUUGAAUCAGGAAGAACCAUGUGAUUUAAUCUGACAAAUGAAAUACAAGUGGAAAAAUGACAUGGGCUGUUGCUGAGCAGAAGCUUAAGAGAUAUUGCUUUAUUUUCUCAUCUCUCUUUUCCUUUGGUCAUGAAAUCAACAUGUCCCAGACUGGGGUUAUUCUUUCAGCAUGGUUGUUAGAAUAAAGGAUACCUGGGAUAGAGCUACAACAAACACAGAGUGGACAUUAAUUUCAGCAAAAGUAUAUCUUCGUUUUGGAUGCCCCUGAAAUUUCUAAACCAUUUAUAAAUGCAAUAUAACCAUCUAAGUCAGGAUUUCUCAAUCUUUGCACUAUUGGCAUUGUAAAAUGCAUAUUUCUUUUUUCUGUCGGGCUGUUUUGUCAUUGUAGGUUGUUUAGCAGCAUCAUUGGCCACUUCCCCUUAGAUGUCACCACCACACCUACGGUUGUGACAACGAAAAAUGUUUCCAGAUAUUGCCAAAUGUCCCUUGGGGGAAAAACCAUCCCGAGUUGAAAACCACUAAUCUCAGCAUGGUAGUUCUUAACAUGGAUUCCCAGAGCCAGCCAUAUCUGGAAAUAUGUUAGAAAUUCAAAGCCUCAGGACCCUCCCUGUCCAAAUGAAUGAGCAGUUAUAUGGCUGGGGCACAGCAAAGUGUGUUUUAAUAAGUCCUCCAAUUAGUUCUGAAUAUAUGAAGCUUGGGAACCACAGGUUUAAACUGAUUGGUAUAUAAGCAGUUUUAAAUAAGGAAAGGGCAUAAAUUCUGCUUUUAUUUACAUAUGAAUAAGGUCAACUCUUUUGAUAUAUAGAGCAUUAGAAUUCCAUUUUUUUGUAAAUCUGUAAGGCUUUCGGGUAUAUUAGCAUAUACGCUAGUGUAAUAUAUGUUAAAUAAAUUGAAAUUGCAUAAUUUGAACAAAUUUCACUAUGGUCUUAGAACUUGGAAAUUCACUGAGUUACAGUAACUCAAAAUGAAGGAGAAAAAUGUUCUGCUUAGGAAUUCCAAGGGAAGUGUCAUUUUGAUCUUCUAAAAAUACUUUACAAAAUUAUGUUUUUAGAAGUAUAACUGUCAGUUUUAAUGAUCUGAUACUUGUACCCUCAUUUUAUUUAAGCACAUUUUAUAUAAACACAAUUAGUUUUCAAAAAGUGUAGAAUUGAGAAUGAGUAUCAAUAAUUCACAGAUUUCUUUAUUGCAAAAUUUUGCCACAAAUAAUUGCUGUUCUUUUCAUCUAAUUUCCUUUGGCAUGUCUAAAAAAUGGAUCUAAGUCUGGUCUACCUUGAAAGGUGGGGCAUAAGGAAUAAUUAACUUUGCAAAGUGGUUAUUUGUGAAGUUAUAGGCAAUGCGUAUUACAAUGCUAAUGUAUAUAGUUAAGAGAUUGGGUAUUUCCCGUAGUUGAGAUUACCAAUAGGAGGUAGAAAAACAGAAUUAACUUAUCAUAUUCGCUCUGAAAAUGAUGAUGGUAAUAUUUCUGCAUAUUUCUCUACUUUCCCUCAUUUGAUAAAGAAAAAAAUCCCUAUUUUUCUAUUUGUGGGCAGUAAGUCUUCAAAGUCAAAUACUAAAAAGUUUAUACUUUUCUUCUUAACUAUAAAUGGUACUCGUGAUUUCUGCUGUACUAUAUAUUUGUUUUUAAAAGUUUCCUAAAAUCAGAAUUUUAUGGUGGUGGUCUAUAGUGACACAGUGACACAGUGCAGCAUAUUUUAAUAUUUAAAAAAAUUAAAAUAUUUAAAAAGUAAGAGCUGAUUAUGCUGUGAUAGGCUUAUGAAGUAGACUUGGAAAAAUGCAAUAUCAAAAGACACAAUGUGCAUGUUGUGUUAUCCGUGACAUUAUUAUGUUCCACGCACUUGACUAUAAACUUUCAAUUGUAUACUUCGAGUCAAAAUAUCAGGGGAAACCCCUUUUAGGUUAUCAUUUUUCUUUUCUUUUCAUGUUUUUGCAAAAGAUAGUAAGAAAUCUUGAUUUUUAUGUCACAUUAGAAUUUUACUAAAUAAAUUCAAAAUAAAAAGGCUUUGACUUUGUUCUUUAAAAGAUGAGGGGGAAGUCUUUCCCUUUAAAGCAUUAUCUCCUAGUGGGUGGAGAGUGUCAUGCUUCGUUUUUUAGGUCCUUUACACGCUUGAAUUUGAUUUGUGCUUUUACAGCACAAAUCCCAACAUUCAGAAAGGAGAUCUGCCUGCUUCAGCUGCCUGCAGCUACAGAGAAUUAGUCUGUCAUUCUCGGCAUCGGGGAGCGUGUGUUGUGUAUGUAAGUGUUUGUGUGUGUGUUCGUGUCUGAGAUUGGGUGGCUGAGAGUCAUUUAAAUGUGCAUGAGGUUAAUAGUGGAACAUCUCACACAGGCUUGGCUCUGAAACCUGUGGCAUUCUAGGCUGGACAGCCGUUCCCGUGCCUCUGUUUUAAUUUAGCAGGAUGUUUGCUGCCAUGGCAGCCAGCAGCAUCCACUGCAGCAGCAAGGAAGAGCCAUAGAUCUGAGAAUGCAGGUGGAAUACUAAAACGCAAGCGGCUCCUACAGGGCUGGGCUUUCGUGCUUAAUUCCUGCUCUUCCUGGGCUCCUAUGGGGAGGCUGUACUUGCUGCACUGUGUCAGCUCAUUAGAGUUAAAGGGUUACAGACCUAGGUCAAUUAAGGGCUGGUGAAAGGCAGGAGAAAAAAGAAAGCAAAAAGCAAGAGACCUCAGCUCCUGCUUCACCUUCUCGCGUUUCGGAACACAGAAGGAAUAGAGGGAAAUGUGGACCCAUCCUCCUGCUGAGACAUGUGAUUGGAUGAAGACGGGCAAACGUAGUUGGCUUCCUGGACUACUUUUCAUCUGGAGGAGAGUGUUUGGUGAACUCUUUUCUGCUUCAGCUAUAUUUGAGCAAAAUAUUUGCAAGUAUUGCUGAUUAGUAAAAUGAUGUGUCAAGCUAAAUUGUGGGCAAACCAUUAUAUAUACCACAUCUCCAGAAUCUUCUGUGAAUGUGUGAGCUUGAGCUUUUAUUGAAGUGCAUGUGGUAAUUAAAAUCAAACGGAUCCAUUACAAUCACAGUGUAAAAAGACAAUAUGAAGUGCAAUUGAAAGGAAGAAGCCCCUGGAAGAAACAUGCAGCGGCCUGCUGAACUCUCUGUGUUCCGGAGCAAAGAAGUAAGGGGAAAGGGAGCUAGCCUUCAGAAACAAAAGUCUCUCACCAAUCUUUCCCUCACCAGUGAUGGGGAGAGGAGACCCACGGUGCGCAUUUCCAACUGGUUUGGAAACGCUGCCAAGGCCAGCCAGAGAGAAGCCAACUAUGCCGAGAGGCGCUCACUGUCCAGGUUUCUCUCCAGGUCUGUGCAGUCCCUGUAUCACACCAGCGGCUCAGCCUGGAACCUCCUGCCUGCUGGGGGCAGCCAGUCAGACAGUGAAGACUUAGAGGAAUUGUCUGCAAGAAGAGGCUUAGAAGGUGAGAGUGAUGAAGAUAGUAGGUCUGAAGAUGAAAAUGUGUCCUCCAAGUUGAGCAGCAUCAGCAGAAGCUGGGCUGAAGAGGAGGGAGAAAACUGUUUGCGGGAAGGGACAGCUCAUCUGGAUGAGGAAGUGAUCCUUACCAUGCUGGGUGAUCUGGAACAGGCGCUUUACACUGACUUAUUAGGUGAAGACCCUGAAACAAGAAGAAUGAGAACAGUUAAAAACAUAGCAGAUUUGAGGCAGAAUUUAGAAGAGACUAUGUCCAGUCUUCGUGGGACUCAGAUAAGCCACAGCACCCUGGAGACAACAUUCGAUAGCACUGUGACAACAGAAGUGAAUGGAAGGACCAUACCCAACUUGACAAGUCGACCCACUCCCAUGACCUGGAGGUUGGGUCAGGCAUGUCCACGACUUCAGGCGGGAGAUGCUCCCUCCCUGGGAGGUGGCUAUCCUCGCAGUGGUACCAGUAGAUUCAUCCACACAGACCCCUCGAGAUUCAUGUAUACCACGCCUCUCCGUCGAGCUGCUGUUUCUCGGCUGGGAAACAUGUCACAGAUGGACAUGAGUGAGAAAGCAAGCAGCGACCUGGACAUGUCUUCUGAAGUCGAUGUGGGUGGAUAUAUGAGUGAUGGUGAUAUCCUUGGGAAAACUCUCAGGGCUGAUGACAUCAACAGUGGGUACCUGACAGAUGGAGGACUUAACCUGUACACUAGAAGUCUGAACCGAAUACCAGACACAGUAACUUCCCGAGAUGUCAUCCAAAGAGGCGUUCAUGAUGUGACAGUGGAUGCAGACAGCUGGGAUGACAGCAGUUCAGUGAGCAGUGGUCUCAGUGACACACUUGAUAACAUCAGCACUGAUGACCUGAACACCACAUCCUCUGUCAGCUCUUAUUCCAACAUCACUGUACCCUCCAGGAAGAACACUCAGCCGAAGACAGAUUCAGAGAAACGCUCCACAACAGAUGAGACCUGGGAUAGUCCUGAGGAACUGAAAAAAACAGAAGAAGAUUUUGACAGCCAUGGGGAUGCUGGUGGCAAGUGGAAGACUGUGUCCUCUGGACUUCCUGAAGACCCUGAGAAGGCAGGGCAGAAAGCUUCCCUGUCUGUUUCACAGACAGGUUCCUGGAGAAGAGGCAUGUCUGCCCAAGGAGGAGCACCAUCUAGGCAGAAAGCUGGAACAAGUGCGCUCAAAACUCCUGGGAAAACUGAUGAUGCCAAAGCUUCUGAGAAAGGAAAAACACCCCUGAAAGGAUCAUCUCUACAAAGGUCUCCUUCAGAUGCAGGAAAAAGCAGUGGAGAUGAAGGGAAAAAGCCCCCCUCAGGCAUUGGAAGAUCGACUGCCACGAGCUCCUUUGGCUUUAAGAAACCAAGUGGAGUAGGGUCCUCUGCCAUGAUCACUAGCAGUGGAGCAACCAUAACAAGUGGCUCUGCAACACUGGGCAAAAUUCCAAAAUCUGCUGCCAUUGGCGGGAAGUCAAAUGCAGGAAGAAAAACCAGUUUGGACGGUUCACAGAAUCAGGAUGAUGUUGUGCUGCAUGUCAGCUCAAAGACUACCCUGCAGUACCGCAGCUUGCCCCGCCCUUCAAAAUCCAGCACCAGUGGCAUUCCUGGCCGAGGUGGCCACAGAUCCAGUACUAGCAGUAUUGAUUCCAACGUCAGCAGCAAGUCUGCUGGGGCCACCACCUCAAAACUGAGAGAACCAACUAAAAUUGGGUCAGGGCGCUCAAGUCCUGUCACCGUCAACCAAACAGACAAGGAAAAGGAAAAAGUAGCAGUCUCAGAUUCAGAAAGUGUUUCUUUGUCAGGUUCCCCCAAAUCCAGCCCCACUUCUGCCAGCGCUUGUGGUGCACAAGGUCUCAGGCAGCCAGGAUCCAAGUAUCCAGAUAUUGCCUCACCCACAUUUCGAAGGUUGUUUGGUGCCAAGGCAGGUGGCAAAUCUGCCUCUGCACCUAAUACUGAGGGUGUGAAAUCUUCCUCAGUAAUGCCCAGCCCUAGUACCACAUUAGCGCGACAAGGCAGUCUGGAGUCACCGUCGUCCGGUACGGGCAGCAUGGGCAGUGCUGGUGGGCUAAGCGGCAGCAGCAGCCCUCUCUUCAAUAAACCCUCAGACUUAACUACAGAUGUUAUAAGCUUAAGUCACUCGUUGGCCUCCAGCCCAGCAUCGGUUCACUCUUUCACAUCAGGUGGUCUCGUGUGGGCUGCCAAUAUGAGCAGUUCCUCUGCAGGCAGCAAGGACACUCCAAGCUACCAAUCCAUGACUAGCCUCCACACGAGCUCUGAGUCCAUUGACCUCCCCCUCAGCCAUCAUGGCUCCCUGUCUGGACUGACCACAGGCACUCAUGAGGUCCAGAGCCUGCUCAUGAGAACGGGUAGUGUGAGAUCUACUCUUUCAGAAAGCAUGCAGCUUGACAGAAAUACACUACCCAAAAAGGGACUAAGAUACACCCCAUCAUCUCGGCAGGCCAACCAAGAAGAGGGCAAAGAGUGGCUGCGUUCUCAUUCUACUGGAGGGCUUCAGGACACUGGCAACCAGUCACCUCUGGUCUCCCCUUCUGCUAUGUCGUCUUCUGCAGCUGGAAAAUACCACUUUUCUAACUUGGUGAGCCCAACAAAUUUGUCUCAGUUUAACCUUCCUGGGCCCAGCAUGAUGCGCUCAAACAGCAUCCCAGCCCAAGACUCUUCCUUUGAUCUCUAUGAUGACUCCCAGCUUUGUGGGAGUGCCACUUCCUUGGAGGAAAGGCCUCGUGCCAUCAGUCAUUCAGGCUCAUUCAGAGACAGCAUGGAAGAAGUUCAUGGCUCUUCAUUAUCACUGGUGUCCAGCACUUCUUCUCUUUACUCUACAGCUGAAGAAAAGGCUCAUUCAGAGCAAAUUCAUAAGCUGCGGAGAGAACUGGUUGCAUCACAAGAAAAAGUUGCUACGCUCACAUCUCAGCUUUCAGCAAAUGCUCACCUUGUAGCAGCUUUUGAAAAGAGUUUAGGGAAUAUGACUGGCCGAUUGCAAAGUCUAACCAUGACAGCGGAACAAAAGGAGUCUGAACUUAUAGAACUAAGAGAAACCAUUGAAAUGCUGAAGGCUCAGAAUUCUGCUGCCCAGGCGGCUAUUCAGGGAGCGCUGAAUGGUCCAGACCACCCUCCCAAAGAUCUCCGCAUCAGAAGACAGCAUUCUUCUGAAAGUGUUUCUAGUAUCAACAGUGCCACAAGCCAUUCCAGUAUCGGCAGUGGUAAUGAUGCCGACUCCAAGAAAAAGAAAAAGAAAAACUGGGUGAACUCUAGAGGAAGUGAGCUGAGAAGUUCUUUCAAACAAGCCUUUGGGAAGAAAAAGUCCACCAAGCCUCCUUCAUCACAUUCCGACAUUGAAGAGCUUACUGAUUCAUCCCUUCCAGCAUCCCCCAAAUUGCCCCAUAAUGCUGGUGACUGUGGCUCAGCAUCCAUGAAGCCCUCACAAUCUGCCUCAGCGAUCUGUGAAUGCACAGAAGCUGAGGCAGAGAUAAUUCUGCAGCUGAAGAGUGAGCUCAGAGAAAAGGAAUUAAAAUUAACGGAUAUUCGGCUGGAGGCUCUCAGCUCUGCUCAUCAUCUUGAUCAGAUCCGGGAAGCCAUGAACCGGAUGCAGAAUGAAAUUGAAAUACUGAAGGCUGAAAAUGACCGGUUGAAGGCAGAAACUGGCAACACAGCUAAGCCUGCUCGGCCACCAUCAGAAUCCUCAAGCAGCACCUCCUCUUCAUCUUCCAGGCAGUCGUUAGGACUCUCUCUAAACAAUUUGAACAUCACAGAGACUGUUACCUCAGAUAUUUUGCUAGAUGAUGCUGGUGAUGCAACUGGACAUAAAGAUGGCCGCAGUGUGAAAAUUAUAGUCUCCAUAAGCAAGGGCUACGGUCGAGCAAAGGAUCAAAAGUCUCAGGCAUAUUUGAUAGGAUCCAUUGGUGUUAGUGGAAAAACCAAGUGGGAUGUCUUAGAUGGUGUAAUAAGACGUCUCUUUAAGGAAUAUGUAUUCAGAAUUGAUACAUCCACUAGCCUUGGUCUGAGCUCUGACUGCAUUGCUAGCUACUGUAUAGGAGACUUAAUUAGAUCCCAUAACCUAGAAGUGCCUGAACUGCUGCCUUGUGGAUACCUUGUUGGAGAUAAUAAUAUCAUCACUGUGAACCUCAAAGGGGUAGAAGAAAACAGUUUGGACAGUUUUGUUUUUGAUACGCUGAUUCCUAAACCAAUUACCCAAAGGUACUUUAACUUGUUGAUGGAGCAUCACAGAAUUAUACUCUCAGGACCAAGUGGUACUGGAAAGACCUAUUUAGCAAAUAAACUUGCUGAGUAUGUAAUAACCAAAUCUGGGAGGAAAAAAACAGAGGAUGCGAUUGCCACUUUUAAUGUGGACCACAAGUCAAGUAAGGAAUUGCAACAAUAUCUAGCCAACCUGGCUGAACAGUGUAGUGCUGAUAACAAUGGAGUAGAGCUCCCAGUUGUAAUAAUUCUUGAUAAUCUUCAUCAUGUGGGUUCUUUGAGUGAUAUCUUCAAUGGUUUCCUCAAUUGUAAAUACAACAAAUGUCCGUAUAUUAUUGGAACAAUGAAUCAGGGAGUUUCUUCAUCACCAAAUCUAGAGCUGCAUCACAAUUUCAGGUGGGUAUUAUGUGCAAAUCAUACAGAACCGGUGAAAGGCUUUUUAGGCAGAUAUCUUCGAAGAAAACUGAUAGAGAUAGAAAUUGAAAGGAACAUACGCAAUAAUGACCUAGUCAAAAUUAUAGAUUGGAUUCCUAAGACAUGGCAUCAUCUCAACAGUUUUUUGGAAACACACAGUUCUUCUGAUGUUACCAUUGGUCCCCGGCUUUUCCUUCCUUGCCCCAUGGAUGUAGAAGGUUCUAGAGUGUGGUUCAUGGAUCUCUGGAACUAUUCUUUAGUACCUUAUAUUCUGGAGGCAGUGAGAGAAGGUCUUCAGAUGUAUGGGAAACGCACACCGUGGGAAGAUCCUUCAAAGUGGGUGCUUGACACAUACCCAUGGAGCUCAGCAUCUCUGCCUCAGGAGAGCCCAGCCUUACUUCCGCUGCGACCAGAAGAUGUUGGAUAUGAAAGCUGCACAUCCACUAAGGAAGCCACAACCUCAAAGCACAUUCCACAAACUGACACAGAAGGAGAUCCCCUGAUGAAUAUGCUAAUGAAACUUCAAGAAGCAGCCAAUUACUCGAGCACACAAAGCUGCGACAGCGAAAGCACCAGCCACCAUGAAGACAUUUUGGAUUCAUCUCUUGAAUCUACCCUCUAGAGGAUGAAAAAAGUUAGGGGAAAAGACUGCUUUUAAAAAAAAUGUUUAAAAAGAAAGGUAUUUUCACUAAACCACUGCCAGUAUAAAAGCACCCUAUCAAGGGCCCUGACCCAGAGUCGUGGUCUCCAAGGAGGCAGCAGAACUAAGUCUGAACCACCGAGAUGCUAAAUUGCAAUGGAAGCUUAACUUUAAUUUCUAAGCAUUUUUUUAUAUCUGUGGAGUAGUAGAAGGCUCCAUUACUCAACUGGAAAGGACCCUGAUGACAGGGCAACUGAAUAGAUUGCACAUGGGAUAGCCAAACUGGACUUUCUUUGUUUCCUCUUUAAAAGUUUACAAUGCAGACCAUUUUUUUUGUCCUUUCCUUUUGUUUCCUCUGAGGGGCUGUUCUUCCCCAGGCAGGGUCUAUCCUUCUGAUCCGUCCAACCUCCUUUGUGCCACACGGUGCUGGUCCCAGUGCUUCAGUAGUGUUUGUGUUGUGCGCUCACCCCAUUCCAGAACAAAUCCAAGAGGCCAGUCCUCCAUAAGCACAAAUGGAAUUGUGCAACCACCAGAAAAACACUACUAUGGCAAACUGGAAAAGUGCCAAUUUAAUUCUAACUGCCAUGUUCUCAUGAUGUGCUCCACCAACUUUUUAGUACAUGAGUCACCGGUUUUAUAAGGUUGUUUUUACCACAGUGGUCUUUUUAAACCACCUGCCCACUCCCUUAACAAGAGUUUUAUACCAAUUAUUAGUCAACACUGACAAAAGGCUUUUUUAGGGCUUUAUUUGUUUGAGCCUUUUCAGUGAAAGAAGGAACAUUUCCUAUGGUGCUGUCUCACUGCCUUAAAACAGAUUUCUACAACAGUUUAACAGUUGGUUUAAAUCCUAAACCAUUGGUAAUUUCCACUGUCUUUUCAUUUACAAUCAAGCAACACCAGUUAACACAGUAGCCUCAUCUCUAUAUAUCUUUCUCUCUUUUUUUUUUUUUUUGAAGAAAUGGAUAGGAGAAAGAUCAGUAUUUUUAACCUUGUGAAUAGAUUGUGUUGCCUAUCCUCCAAAAUAUUAAAAUAACCCAGAAACGCUCUUUGACCGUCACUUAAAAGCUAAGACAUGGUGAAAUUCCAUCCAGUUCUAAGUGAAAGAAUUUCAGAAGGCAAGAGAUUUUGAAUUAUCAUCCAGCAGGGCUGGAAGCACUAGAUGCAGCAUGAGCACAACUAUUCGGCUUUCCUUCCCUAUUUUUUUUAAUUAGUUUUGACGCAUGUUGUUUUGAUUGCUAUUGUUGUACAUGAGAAAUUCAGCAUUAAAGAACACUGAAGCAGUAAAGUCACUGUGGAAGAGGAAGCGUUUAUACUGUAAAAGAAGGUUAGAUUUGCACAGUCUACUGGGUAGGUAUUGUAAAUAAUAAUUUUUAAAACUUGCACAAAUCGAAACAAACACAAACAAAAGUGUAUUUUAUCCUGUUGGUGUUAAGAGGUGUUUCACUUGCUGAGAUUUCCUGUACAUUGCAAACAAAUACAGAAUGCAAACCCUCAAAGCUGUUAUUAUCUGGUGUGUUUGUCCUGUAUUUACGAUUGUUAUGACUAUGCAGGAGCUAUCAGUGCUAGAGUGAGCAUGCUUCAAAACUGUACAUGAAGCCAAUAUAUUUUUGGAUAAGUAAAACUGUCUGAAAGUACAUCUGUCAUGGCAGGCUUUAAAGAGAGUGCAUGAAAACCGAUCAGUCAUUGGAGAAGUUACCACCAUACACAAAGGACAGGUUUUAAGUUUACGAAACCCAAGGGCUAGGCCAUGGUAUAGACUUGUUCUAUGAGUGUGUGAAAAUGUGUUGCUUUUAGGACGUGUAAUUGGUGCUACUCUCUGUGACCACCAAUGGGUCAGUUGCUUAGAACAACACCACCACCACAAAACAUCUGUGCAGUUUUCAGAGUGUCACUAAGUCUACAGGUCCUUUCUCGGUGCUAUUGCCCUAAGGGAAAUCCGAACUGGAUUUAUGCACAUAGAAUUGUUACCCUGACUUUGAAGCCUCAAACAUGGAUCAAAUCUGUUGUGAAACAUCAGUAUAUGUAGCUGGAUGAGUGACUAGUUGCCCUUGUAUAAUAUGUGAUCAAAGAAAAUUGCUAAUCUUUCCCUGCCAUUUUGAGAAACACAGUCCAGACAUGAGCAUAAACAGAAUUUCCUGCAAUACAUCCCAGUAGGUCCACCUAGUUUACAACUUAAACUAGUUUGUGAAACAUUUGUCUGUAUACAUUUUAUAUUUUGUACAUUUUGAUGUAACAUAUCAUGUAAAUAGGCAGAAACAGUGAAAUAAAUCAUCUGAAAAGUUUUGUAGUCUUUGUAAAGCCCCAACAAUAAGUACUUGGUGUCAAUGGACUUAACUGGAUGAUGUAUUUUCUAUUGGUUUAUUGUUCCUCUAGCUUGUAAACCAGCUUGCAUAUAUUUUUUUGCAAAUGUGCACCCUGUAUCCGUCUAAAUUAUUACUUUGCCAUUAAAGUGGAAUUAUUUAUUGACAA